AUGGCAUCAAAAGGAAGUAGUCGGAGCAGCUCUGUGAGCUCGUCAACAUCAAAUGGAAGGUCGUCGCUGAGGCAGGUACUAGGUGUCAAUGGGAAUAAUCUGAAUGCUAAGAGUCAGGUAGCUGUUGCUAGCAAAAAACGAAGGUCACCAGAGGUAGAUGAUGCUGCUGCUGCUGUUGUUGUUGCCGCUGCUGCUAAUGGUACUGGCAAGAGGAAGUCUGCACGAAUAGCGCAAUUGGAAGAGUUGACUACGCCGAAACUAUCGGCCAGUCCCGAGUUUAGGGAGAGCUCGAGCUCAGAUAUCAUUUCUGAUAUUGAAAAUGCGCAAAUGUGUUUUCAAGAUAGACACAAAUUCAUGGAGCCACCAUUAGCGCCUCCGACACCAGGGUAUACGGGUUUACCCUUGGAAGAGUUUCCUUCUGCGAAAAUAAAGAAAGAGUCGUUGUGGCCGCAGAAGCUAAGACGUGGGAAAAGCAAGGAUCAAGAAAAUAAUGGAAACGUUGCCCCCGACUCUGCCGUCGCCGCCCCCGACUCAAUCGAAGACGAAAAGAGGAACGAAAAGAUUGAGAUUGAACGUCGGUAUAUCAAUGGAUUGCAAACACUGAUUACUGAGGAUAUAACCGAAAAUAGCGAGCUACGAGAUUCUGUAGAUUUCUCCAAACCACGCCUUGCGAGACAAAGAAAAUUGAAGUUGAUAGUAAAAACACCAAAGCAGCAACAAGAACAACAACAAGAACACCAACCAAUCAAAAGAUCCGACAAAACUACACCAAAAAAUGCAUUGAAAAAAAUCAAGAUUAUAUCUCCACAGAAAGUAACUAGUACGAAGCUACUAGCACCUGAUACCAAGAUCACAACGACACAUGAGGAAGAGGCGAAUGAAGACACACACAAGGAUAAUGAUGAUUUUUGUUUUUCUUGUGGCCGUCCUGGUGUUUUUAUAUGUUGUGAAAUGUGUCCCAAGUCAUUCCAUUUCACGUGUUGCGACCCUCCGAUAGAGGAGCCGCCAGAGGAUGAUUGGUUUUGUCACGAAUGUAUAGCAAAGAGAAACCCUCUGUUGUUGCCCAAUUGGAAUGAAAUAGGCAUAUUUGGGAAAUUGCUCAAUAAUUUGCAAAUACAGAACCCCAAAGUUUUUGAACUUCCUAGACGUUUGAGGGAGGAGACAUUUAUAGGAGUUACUACAGGUGAUUAUGGCGCUUAUUCCGACGAUACAGAAAAGCCUGAAGUUCCAGUUAGCAAAACAAACAACGGCUUGCAGAUUGCAGGAUUCAACAGGAACCCCGACUUGGAAAUUGAAACUUUGUAUGACAGUAAUGGCAAUCCUCGCUUGUGUCAUAAAUGUGGAGACUCUGGACAGUUUCAUCGCACAUUAAUCAAAUGUGACUAUUGUCCUCUCAUAUACCACGUGGAUUGUCUUGAUUAUCCCAUGUUUGGUCCAAAAACAAUUGGCGAUAAGUGGCGGUGCCCGAAUCAUGUGGCUGAUUUAUUACCACGCGGAUUGCCCAAGAUGAGACAGUUUAAGAAAACAGAGGUUAUUGAGAGCUCUUUGAAAAGUAAUUUUUUGGAAAUCUUGGCAAUGGGGAACUUUGUGGUGAAGUUUGAUGCUGAGCCAUUUAUUGAAGACAAAUCAAGUACCAGUAGCAGCAGUAGGGUAAAGCUUGAAAAUAUUCAGCCGGAUGCUUCUAAGCAACAACAGGUUCUAGACACUUGGGGCGCCGAUAUGGAUGCUAUUCAUCCCGAGUAUAGGAAUCGAGUUAAUGCCGGUACUUUUGUGACCCCAAGCGGCAUUUCGAAUGCGCCAAGGUCAAGAAUGAUGAGUAUUCCAAACACAUCGUCUCCAAGUUUGUCAAUUUAUAGAAUUCCCGAAAAGCUGAUAAUCUUAGAUUUCAUCAACAAGUUUGAAACUAAGAAGGAGAUUGUGAGUCAAAAUCAAGACUAUGACUAUCUAAGUCGAUUAGAGCAGAAUCCACGUGAAAGAGAACUUGUUGCUAGUCUCAAUUCCAUUAAAGAUAGACAAAAACAAUUAAACUUGAACGCUUUAUUAAAAGCGGCGAAAAUAGAGGUGGGAGAUACCAGCAAAGAAACAUUGUCGUACAAAGAGAUCCAAGAUCUUAUCAAAACAAAGAAGCUUAUGGAAGCAAAAGGUCAAGAUGCUUUAUUAAAGUUUCUUCAAAGCUGA